AUGCAAUACUUCGGCAAUAAGAUAGACCCUAUAUUUAGAUCAUAAAGUUUCGUUACUAAUGAUUUAAUAGAAAUACCUUUACAUGAAGACUUAGUAGCCUUUUAAUUUAUUGAAAGUCCUAAAUAGACUCUUGAAUAAUUCUAAAAGAAAAUGAAUCUAACAUAUAUUGUACCUAUUGCUACUUUUGGAUUCGAAUCUAUAUAUGGUUACAAUACGACUUACCUUAACUUCACUGAAUGUUCUAAUCCUGAACUAUAGGGAUAUCAUUGCUUAGAUUUUUCUAGCCUAUCAAACAAAAGCUUAAUUUAAAGUAGCAGAGACAAAGCUUUCUCAGUAAUAACAAUCCUCUUUUAUUCCUGCUCAGUUACAGAUAACAUCAAAACAUUUGUUCCAGAUAAUUGUGCAAAUUAAACUGAUGUUGAUGACUUUGUUAAUGGAGCUUAUACUUUACUCCACUUAAGAUUAUUUACUUAGCAAUACAACACAACUAGUAAAUAAAAUUAAGUCAAUUUUAAGAAUUAUAUGAUGUUUCCUUAAUCAGACUAAUACUUCUUGAAUACUCAAAAAACCCAAAAUUAAAUUACUAAGGUUAGAGAUGGUUUUGUUAUUUAAUCAGAGACUGAGUACACUGCACCAAUUUAAUAUGUCUAAGAGAACCAAUCUUUCCCUAAUGAUUAAAAUCCAUAUAUUCAAGUCAAUAUUUAAAUCGAUGAGGUUAUUCAAUACACAUCAAUUCAGUUUAGUACUUUCCCUCAAAUCCUAGCAUUAGUUAAUAGUACUUUUAGUCUUUUGAUUCUUUUUGGAUUCUUUUGUAGAAAAUUUGCUAAUAAGUCAAUUUUAUAGGACUUCUUCUGUGUCUUCUUGUAGAAUAUGCAUUAAAAUCUUUAUGAAGAAGUUUUGAAACAAAACAAACUUUUUGAAUAAAAAUCUUUGUCAACAGAAAUUGAAACUAAAUUAACUAUUGGUUAAGAAACUGCAGAAAAGGAUGCUGUUAAUAGUAUAAAUAUUCCAUAAUUUAUAACUAAAUCUAGAGAAGAUAUUGAAUAAAGUUAAUAAAUAUAAUUUAAUACUGAUUUAUAAAAUUACCAAGAUGAAAUAAUAUAACCAAACGAAGAAUAAAAGUCAACAAUAGAAGAUCAAUCUCCUAACCAAAACAAAGAUUCCCUUUAAUAGAAAACUGAAUAGCUUCCAAGUAAUGAAAAUAAUAAAGAAGAUAAUUAAUUCAAUAAUAUUUUAUUAACAAGUGGUUCUAAUGAAAAUAAAAAUUCUAAUGAUUCUUACUUAAAUAUUUUUAAAAAAUCACCUAAAAGUUAAUUGAAUUUAUUUAAGAGUAAUUUCUCUUAGGCAAAAGCUUAAAGGCCUUUGAUCAAAUUACCUUCUUAAUCUUGUAAUAAUUUCAAAAAACUAGAAAGAAAAUCAAGUAGUUUUAUACUUUAAAAAGAUAUUGCUUUAUGCUUCUCACAAAAUAUUUAAUAACCAACAAAUAACUAAUAAGACUAAUAAUCUAAGCCAUUAGUAAGUUAAGUACCUAGUAUAUUAGAAAAAUAAAUUAAUUAAACUGCAUAAAAAAGAUCAAGCAUCAUAGAAUACUACAUCUAAAAAUUUAAAACAAUUUAAGACUUAAACAUCUUUAAGAAGUUUACUCAAAUAAAUUUUGGUUACAAGUUUUCAAUUUAAAAGAGACUAAAUAUCUUCAAGAAGGAUGAUGAAGAGUAAGAGAAAAAAAAUUUAAGCAUGCAAUAAAAAACAUUUAUUGAAUAGCAAGUAUUAAAAAGUAUGAAUAUCUUAGAGUUACUAAAAGAUAUAAUUUUUAUAAAGAAAUCAAUUAUGAUCUUAUUAACUAAAGACCAAUUAGCAGCUAUGAAACUAGUCGGUUAUUCUGAGAAUUACAUAUAAGAUCAUUAUGUCAAAUAAGAAAUUGGAAAACAAGAAAGAAAAAGUACUUACUUUGAGUAGCAACUAGACAUUCUUGAUUCUACAGAUUUAUCAUGCAAAUAUAUUAAAAAAUUUAUACAAAAAUGCAGCAACAAUAAAACUUUGGAUAAAAUAGAUUAGAGGAUCUUAUCAUCAAUUAACAAAAAUCAAGCAAAUUAAGCAAAUUGA